AUGUCACUUGCCGAUAUGUGUCGUGACGGAGUUUCAAUACUGCACACACCAGUGCCAACUGGUGCUGUGCUGCUGGUCAUGGGGCUGGUCCGCAUUCGCAAGUCUAUCAGCGGUAGACGAGGAAAGCUGCGAGCUUCAUCAGACCCUACAUAUGAGUCGCGGAUUCAAGCUGCAAUUCAGGGAAUUGCAAAUGGGCUAUACAAAUCCAUUGCAGCUGCAGCAAAGGAGCAAAAUGUAUCACAUCAGACACUAAGUGAUAGAUGCUUGGGAGUGCAUAAGCCUCGUCGGCUUGCCCAGGAGAGUCGGCAAUUGUUAUCCGCUGCACAGGAGGAAACUGUUGUUGACUGGUGCAACCUGGCAUCCACAUCCGCGACUCCUAUCCACCCAGCGAAGUUGCGUGCAUCUGAUACCAUUGGGGAGUUUUUUGAGAUGCAGAAGAAACUUGAUGACAACUAUAAUAAAAUUCCACCAGAGCAUCAUUGGAAUAUGGAUGAGAAAGGGAAUCAGAUGGGCGGGGGAAGGAAAAAUACUGGGAUGAAAUUCAUUUUUUCUGCAGAAGAUUCAGAUUGUUAUCGGGUCCAUAGUGAUAAUCUAGAGCUCGUAACUAUUAUUGAGUGUGUCUCCACUGCUGGUGCUAAGAUGCCACCAUGGUUUGUCCUUUCAGAAGGUCCAGCCCCAGAUAUUCGAGAUCUGAAAGAUAAAGUGGGCGGUGUUUCUUUCUCUCCGACAGGAUGGACAGAUCACGAGAUUGCAGAUUAUUGGUUCAGGAACCACUUUGUUCCUACAGCGGAGAAACACUGUGUGGAUCCUGAGAAGCCAAUUGUUCUGACUGUUGAUGGUCAUAGUUCGCAUGAACAAAGAGCUAUCCAAAGGGCAGCUUAUGAUAAUGGUGUCAUAAUCCACGCCUUUCCAUCAAAAACCACGCACAAAAUUCAACCAUUGGAUGUGGGCAUGUUUUCAUCUGUCCAGCGUCCUUGGACCAAACAUUGUGACAAGUGCCUUGCUGACGGGGUUGAAAUUGAUCGCUAUAAUUUUAUUCAUGAAUACAUGGCCAUUCACCAUGUCAUCACUCCAGAACUUGUCCAGAAAGCAUUUAAAAAAACUGGUAUCUAUCCUCUCAAUCUGUCAGUCUUCACAGACAAGGAUUUCGCACCAAGCUUGGUUUAUCAAACUACCACACAUCUUCCUCCAUCAUAUCCUGCUGACAUCCCUUCUUCUCCAAUGGCAGCUCCCUCUGAUGUUGAUGAAGUUGACAAGUUGAUGAGACUGGACGACAGUGAAGAAGAGGAUUCAGAGGAUGACACCGAUUUUUUUCCCAUGGCUGAUGAUGAACAUGACUUGGACUCUGAGAGCUCCGACUCAGAGUCAGAGGAAGAGGAAGAAGAUGCGCAGCCCUCUCGUAACGACACCCGCAUCACCCGCUCAACAUCACUAGUAUCAGGCUCCAUCCCACAUCCAGUUAUCCCCACGUAUAAUCAGGCGAUGAUGUUGACGAAGGAGGAACUGUGGUACGAGCUCCAGCACAUGUAUGAGCAAAAUGGGGCAUUAGUCCAGACAACCCAGAUCCUGACCGCCCAGCUCGAUGCUACAAAUGCACACUGUACAAUGGCGCAGCGGGCAUUGGCUCAGUCUUGA